GGGGGUGGCUUUCUUUAGCAAGAUGGCGGCUAGCGGCGUCCGGCGGGCUGCUGCGGCGGCCAGCACCUCCGUGAAGCCCAUUUUCAGCCGGGACAUGAACGAGGCCAAGCGGAGGGUGCGCGAGCUCUACCGCGCCUGGUAUCGGGAGGUGCCGACCACUGUGCACUUAUUCCAGCUAGACAUCACUGUGAAACAGGGACGGGACAAAGUCCGAGAAAUGUUUAUGAAGAAUGCCCAUGUCACAGACCCCAGGGUGGUUGAUCUUCUGGUCAUUAAGGGAAAGAUGGAGCUGCAGGAAACGAUUAACGUGUGGAAGCAGCGGACACAUGUUAUGCGGUUCUUCCAUGAAACAGAAGCACCAAGGCCAAAGGACUUCCUGUCUAAGUUCUAUGUUGGCCACGACCCAUGAAGUCACUUGCCAGAAAGGUGCAUGUUGAUAUUUAAUUAUUUUAGAGCACAAAUAAACUCAUUAUGUAAUGGUCA